ACCAAAUCCAAAAUGUGACGAACGCAGCUAUGGUCUUGUGGACAAAUAUGGCUAACCCUUUUGCUUAGAAAUGGGCGAACCCUUUUAAUGAAAAAGGCCGAGAAAUCUUAACAGUUAAAACGCUGGUAGAAAUGGACUGAACCCUUGUUACUAGAGUCUCCGGUUCAGCUUCAUCACCAAAGGCAAAUCCAUGUCGAAGUGGUGGCGCUCUGUGGCUGUUGCCGGCCACGGCUUAAGAAACGCGACGGGUGUGCCGAGCCGACGGUCAUAUUUCACCAUUCAGGCCAUCCCAAGAGAGGUCACAGGGAGCGGAGUUUCCGCAAGGGACCGAGCGCAGGGCCGUAUCCCCGCCAUCGUCUUCUCACAGAGCUACUUCCAAUCAAACCCUAACGAUCCGAAAUCCAUCGCAGAAACGACCUCCGUUUCCCGGAAACGCCUCCUUACAACUGAGAGAAAGCAGAUUAAGACCAUUCUCGAUUCCAUACAACUCCCGUUCUUUUGCUCCACUACAUUUCCGUUACAGAUCCGGGCCGGGUCGGGCUCCUCAUCUUUGCUAGAAUCCGGGAAAGUGCUUCCCAUCAAGAUCCACAGAGAUAAAGAGUCCGGGAAAAUAUUGAAUUUGGUUUUCGUAUGGGCUGAAGAUGGAUCCAAAUUAAAGGUGGAUAUCCCUAUAGUUUUAAAAGGAGAAGUUGCAUGCCCUGGUGUCAAGAAAGGAGGUCAUCUAAACAAGGGAAGAAGUAGUCUGCGGUUUUUAUGUCCGGCAGAGAAAAUCCCUCAAAAGAUUGAGGUGGAUGUGAGCAAUCUUGACAUUGGGGACAAAGUGCUGAUACAUGACAUCAGCAUCGACCCUGAUUUGGAACUUCUGAGCACGUAUCCUGAGAUGCCUGUAUGUAACAUUCGGGCCACUUAUGUUGAUAAGUCCGAAACUGUGCCUUAGAUAUAUCCUGAUGGAGUACUAGUAGGUAUAAGGAGACUAUAAUUCUCCAAACGAAAUCUAAAGUUUUGUGUUUUUUAGACUAAUGCAUGGCAACCUUCUUGACUAUAAUGAAACUUUGUUCGCAAUACUUUUUAUUUUGUGUUUCUGAAAUGAAUUGCCAUAUGGCCAUACAAUGGUGUAGAUUGGGACCCAACACCCAAUCACAGCCUAGUUGAAGCGAAUGGAUCAUAGAUGAAUUUGGUUGAGGGAGUGCAGGGUAACAUAGCAGAGACAAUGUAGUCACCCUGGGGAAGUAUUAGGGUCGAACAAGAAAACUGAUUGCAAUUUGUAAAUAGACUUGCAUAAAACUCAUUGUAAGGAUGCCUUACUUGGACUUAGAAUUAUCUGUUUUGAUCUGGGUUUGAUUUAGUUUGUUCUGGUGAAUGUAUUGUAUUGUAAAUGUAUGUAUUAUUGAUUAAGUGUGGUUUGAUCUAGUCCAAUCAGUUUAAGUCUAGGUCUAGUCUGAAUUGAUUAUUGAAAUUUGUCAAAGUAAUAACAUCCUAAGUUUGCAACUGAUUGUGAGUCACAAAAUUAAAUCAAAUGAAACCGUUUCACCAAUCAAGAUGAUCAAACCAUGGAAGGUUCAAACCAAUCGUUUCACAGCCGGCCUAACUCCUAAGCAUGCACCUGAACGGACAAAGUUAAAAUUUACUGAACCAGAAAUUGACUCAAGUUCACCUUUUUGAAAACCGAAUUGACUUAAAUCAGAACCCACAAACACCCCUGGGAAGCAUAGUAUAUAGAAUCUAGACGCUAUAGGUCAACAUACAAGUUUGAAACCUGCAGGAAAUUCAAGGCAGACAACUUUUAUCAAGAGAAAGGUAUUGUUCAUCAGCUUUCUUGUGUUGAAAGGCCCGAACAAAACAGCCGGGUGGAGAGGAAACAUCAAACUAUUCUUAACAUUGCUAGAGCUCUAAGAUUUCAAGCGCACUUGCCUCUUAAAUUUUGGGGUGAAUGUGUUACACAUGCUGUGUAUCUUAUGAAUAGAGUGCCAAGCUUAGCUAUUUCCAACCAGAUUCCUUUUCAAGUAUUGCAUAAAGUGAUUCCUAACCUUGAUAACCUCAAAGUUUUUGGUUGUUUGUGUUAUGCAUCUACUUUACCUAGCAGCAGGCACAAGCUGAGUUCAAGGGCAAAGAAAUGCAUUUUUGUUGGUUAUACAGGAAGCCACAAAGGAACAUCAAAUCACAGACCACACAUGAGACUGAUCUAUCUCUACCAGUUCUUGAUUAUAAUGAUUGCAUGGAAUACUCAGAGGAACACACAGGUACUUCUAAUCCUUCAUGUGAUCAUCAUGUACUUGAAGAUACUUCAGGACAUUUACAACAUGAUGCUGAGCAAUCUGUAACUGUUGCUGAGCCAUCUGUAACUGUUGCUGAGCCACUUAGAAGGUCAUCGAGAAUUCGACAUGUUCCUGUCAAGUUGAAGGACUAUGAUUGCAGCAAAAAUAAACUACGACACACCACUCCUUAUUCUAUUUCUUCCUUUAUUUCAUAUAAAGGUGUAUCAAGUUCUCAGAGAAUCUUUGUUGCCUCUAUUUCAGCUUCUAAGGAACCACGUAGUUACAAUGAAGCUAUACAACAUGUUGAAUGGAAAAAUGCCAUGCAAGCAGAAAUUUGUGCAUUAGAGGAGAACAAAACAUGGAUUCUCACAUCUUUACCACCCGGAAAGAAGGCAAUUGGAUGCAAAUGGAUAUACAAAGUUAAGUACAAGUCCGAUGGAUCAAUAGAGAGGUAUAAAGCUAGAUUGGUAGCAAAAGGGUAUACCCAGCAGCCUGGAGUAGAUUAUACUGAAACGUUUUCACCAGUUGCUCGAAUUACCACCAUCAGAACACUCUUGGCAGUUGCAGCAGCCAAAAAUUGGCAUUUACAUCAAAUGGACAUCAACAAUGCCUUCUUACAUGGCGAUCUUAAUGAGGAAGUAUAUAUGACUCUUCCACCAGGAUUUCAGAGUAAGGAUUCUCAAAUUGUUUGCAAGCUUUUGAGAUCACUUUAUGGUUUAAAGCAGGCUAGUAGGCAAUGGAAUGCUAAACUCACCAGUGCUCUUCUUGAUAAAGGUUUUCUUCAAAGUACAGCAGAUCCCUCUCUUUUUAUCAGGAAGACUGAUAAUUGCUUUAUUGCUCUAUUGGUGUAUGUAGAUGAUAUAAUUGCUGCUAGUACUGAUUUGAUUGCUAUACAAGAUAUUAAAGAUUUCUUACAUACUACAUUCAAAAUCAAGGAUUUGGGUCAACUUAAAUUCUUUUUGGGACUGGAAGUUGCAAGGAGUACUCAUGGAAUCAAUCUUUGUCAAAGGAAAUAUACUUUGGACAUUUUGCAAGAGAUGGGAUAUCUUGAUUGUAAACCAGCUAAAUCUCCCAUAGUUGCAGGCACACGGCUUGUUCAAACUACUGAUAAUGUGCUGAAUGAUGUUGGUGCCUACAGAAGGUUAGUUGGUCGUUUGUUGUAUCUAAGUGCUACUCGACCAGACAUUGCCUUUGCAGUUCAGCAACUAAGUCAGUUCGUGGACAAGCCUUCUUCUUUACACUUGAUGGCAGCUCAAAGGGUGUUAAGAUUUCUUAAGGGAGCACCUGGUAAAGGACUUCACUUCCCUGCAAAAUCUAACUAUAAUACUCAAGCUUUUGCAGAUUCUGAUUGGGGUGGUUGCUUGGAGACUAGAAAAUCUAUCACAGGAUAUUGUGUGUUCUUGGACAAAGCCUUAAUAUCUUGGAAAUCCAAGAAACAGACUACAAUUGCUCGUUCUUCUUCGGAAGCUGAGUAUAGGGCAUUAGCUGCUGUGACAUGUGAGAUUCAAUGGCUUAAAUAUCUUUACCAGGAUCUUGGAAUACACGAAACAAAAGCAGCAGUGGUAUUUUGUGAUAACCAAUCAGCCAUUGCCAUUGCUGAAAAUCCCGUCUUUCAUGAAAGAACAAAACACAUUGAGAUAGAUUGUCACAUUAUACGGGAAAAGGUUCAAAAAGGAGUGAUCAAAUUAUUAUAUGUUCCUUCAGCACAUCAAGUGGCAGAUGGAUUUACAAAAUCUUUAUCAACACCUCAAUUCUUAUUAUUUCAGUCUAAGCUGGGAUUCCGAGACAUCUACACUCCAGCUUAUGGGGGGGUAUUAAGCAAUAAAAAUGAUGAGCUGUCAAUAGAAGAAUUGUAGUAGUUUCUAAAUAUAUUCUACUUACUAUAAAUAGACAAAGUAUUGUAAAUCCCAGUGAGUAAGACUGAUUUUGCGUAGAAUCUUUCAUUUGGAAUAAACAAACUUUAUCUUCUGUAACGAACUUCAUCUUCUCGCUUUCUUCAUACAAUUAACUGAAUUAAGGGCAUAAAUUAUGGGUACUGUUUGCUUUUGUUCAAAACUUUCAACCCCGUGAAUGCCACUCUGCCUACCCCAAUAUAUUAACAUUAAUCGGUACUAAAUAAAACCCCUCCUUGCAUUGGAAUGAUCAACCAAAUCCCCCCAUUUUGCUUCAAUUGAUGCAUAAAUAAAACCUGCGAUUUUGAGAGUGAUGAUGGAUGCUCCUCCAACUCUCCAGAAGGUGACUACAGAAAACUCCACUCCAGAAGUAGAUGAUGAUCAAGACGAAGUCAUCGAUAAGGGGUGUUCAAGCAUUUACAAUGUAAUCAAAAUGUGUUGGGAGUCCAUCUUUUGCUCCGACGACCCUUAGAAAAUGUCUGGUGGCUCUUUCAACGGAAGAAACUCGCACGAUUACAUUAUGUAUGAAAGUAGAUAUGUUUUAAUAAUUUAAUUUGGCUAUGAAUGGCCUUUACUAUAUUUUAUGUCGCUCCCUUGUUUCAUUUCAACCAUUCCACGCGCUUCUCCAAACUUGGAACCGAAAGUUUUGCUAGUCUGAUGACUCUUGUACGAUAAGUAAUUACUUGUUUAAAAGAUUGUUUGGUCUGGGG